AAAACCAAUAGCAGUGGUGUAAUUCCCCCUACUUAAUCAACCCUUGGAGGACCUAUCAAAAAAUUUCUACAAAGGGACACCACAAAGCAAAGAAAUAGGGAAAGAGAAACAUCACACAGAAAGAAGGCAUCAUCACACAUAUAUCUUUCUUUUGCAGACAGCUGAAAAUUUCUCAGAAGCAAGAAGGCAUGCAUAGAGGUGUUCUUCAGAGCUCACCAGUGCAACAAAUGAUGGCUGGAAACCCUAACUGGUGGAACAUCAAUAUCAAUACCAUGCCUCCACAAGCUCCUCCUUUCUUCUCCACUCCUUCAAACUUUUCCAUCCCUUAUGCUCCCUCUUCUCUCCCCUUUCCUUCUUGGAAUGAAAAUCAAGACCUUCCUGAGUCAUGGAGCCAGCUACUCAUGAGUGGGGUGGUGGAUGAACAAGGUAAGGUUGGGAUGGGCCAGUUUCAGACAAAGAAGUUGGAGAACUGGGAGGAUCAAAUGCUAGGUCAGCCUCCAAACGCUUCUCUUGUUGAUGUUAAGCAAGAAAAUUCAGUUAACAGCUAUGUAUACGGCCAUGGAAACGAAGAGCUUCAGUCAUCAAAGCCAUCCUGGUCUCCGAAAUCCUGUGCCACUAGUUUCAGUAGCAACAUGUUAGAUUUCACUAACAGUAGUAGCACAGAUGCAAGGCUUCCUCCACCAGAUCGAUCUUCUGAGUGCAAUAGCACUGCAGCUGGUGGGGCACUGAAGAAAGCUAGGGUUCAACCCUCUGCUACAACACAGGCUACAUUCAAGGUCAGAAAGGAGAAGUUAGGCGACAGAAUUACAGCUCUUCAUCAGCUCGUUUCCCCAUUUGGGAAGACUGACACAGCCUCUGUCUUGUUAGAAGCUAUUGGGUAUAUCAGAUUCCUUCAGAGUCAAAUUGAGGUGAUGUUUCUUCUCCACUCUUUACUUUCCCAAACAACCACGAGCCUCUGAUGCAAGCUGCACGCUGUUAAAGCUUCAUUUCACAUUGGAACAUAUUGAAAUUGAUCCAAUGCAUAUAAUAAAAAGAGAGAC